AUGCUGUUUCCAUCGACAUUCCACCCUCCGAAGCAUCUGAUUUACGUCGAAUGUUCCUCCGCGUUUCGUGCGCCUGAUCACAAUCAUGGCCUAUACAAGGUUUCACGUGUUGUCACAAACGAGGAACACUUGGCUAGUGUUCUACCUCUUAUCAAUGUACAUCGUAGCGCUAAUCUAAUUCCGUGUUUCGGCUGUGUUGCUCCUCGUGACUGCACUUCUGCUACUGUCCCUGACAAGUGCCAGUCAUUUGUCCUUAAUUCAUACUUGGAUAGAUAA